GUGGGAUUCGAGGUGAUAGACGCCAUAGCCAGGGCGGAGGGUUUAAGCCUAAGCGCCAUGCAGAGCAAAGCAGUGGUGGGCAAGGGGCGCAUUGCGGGGUGCCCCGUGCUGCUGGUGAAGCCACAGACAUUCAUGAACCUCAGCGGGGAGAGCGUGGGGCCCUUGGCUCGGUUCUACAAGAUUCCACCCGAGCGAGUCAUGGCUAUCUACGAUGACAUGGAUCUGGACGUAGCUUCCAUGAAGCUUCUUGCCAAAGCGGGGCAUGGGGGGCACAACGGCAUGAAGAGCAUAAUGCAGCACUUCCAGGGCUCGCGGAACUUUCCCCGUCUGGGUUCGGCAUUGGGAGGCCACCAGGACGCAUGGAGGCCAAGGUGUAUGUGCUGCAGAAGUUUUCAGAUAGGGAGAGAGAAGAG